UGACCGCUUGAGUGAACUGUCAAGAAAGAAUGCUAACUUAUUAGCUAGCUGGCUAGUUCAUUUUAGUUCUGUUUUCUCUCAUUUCUGUGCUUUGUAGAGAUGGACGACCAAGGGUGUCCGAGAUGCAAGACAACAAAAUACAGGAAUCCUUCUCUGAAACUGAUGGUGAAUGUUUGUGGCCACACGCUAUGUGAGAGCUGUGUGGACAUGCUGUUUGUGCGCGGCUCGGGGAACUGUGUGCAGUGCGACACGCCCCUGAGGAAGAGUAACUUCCGUGUGCAGCUCUUUGAAGACCCUGCCGUCGACAAGGAGGUGGAGAUCCGUAAGAAGGUGCUCAAGAUUUACAACAAGAGAGACUUUGAUUUCUCCAACUUGAGAGAAUACAAUGACUACUUGGAGCGAGUGGAGGAGAUUGUCUAUAACCUGACCAACAACCUGGAGGUGGAGGGGACCAAACAGAUCAUGGAGGCAUACCAGAGAGAGAAUAGAGACAUCAUUCAGAAGAACAAGGCCAAGCUGACUCGAGAGCAGGAGGAGUUGGAGGAGCUGCUGUUGUUGGAGCAGCAGGGGAACGAGCAGCGCAGGCUGGAGACUCUGCAGGAAGAACAGAGACAGUUACAGGCCAAGAGGAAGAGCAAGCAGGCUCUACUGGACGAACUGGAGCGCUCUCAUGUCCCCGCCACCAUCCUGCUGGCCCAACACAAGGACCGGGCCGCCCAGCUGGAGACCCAGAUUGAGAAGCAGAAACAGGUGGUCAAAACCACCAUCUUCUCCACCGGCAUCCCUAUGGGUCAGACUGUGUCGCUGCUGACCGUGACCCGGUUAGAAGAGGUUCUGUACCACUACCAGCCCAUCCACAUCCACACAUACGGACCCCCCGUCCCUGAGCUGGAGCAGCUGGGGCGACUCGGGUAUUUGAACCACGUGCGUACUGCCCAGCCCCAGGACAUGGCUGGAGGAUACAACUCAGGACUGGCGUGUCAUCGAGCCAUCCAGGAUGCCUUCAGUGGGCUCUUCCAUCCACUGGGCUGACCCCUCAACAGAGAGGAGCUCAGAAAUAUGAGGCUGUCAAUAUAAACUCUUGUCUAAGGACUCAAAUCACCACCCUGCUCUACAUUGUGGAGGGAGCCAUAGACUGCUAUGGAUGGUGGUCUAAAGUCAGACCAGGAUGUAUAUGUUGCUAUUUUUGUAUUAUCUUAUUUUCAUUUUUAUUAAAAUAAAUAUUUAAAAAAAUAAGCCAGUUGCAAUCUGAACCAUGUCCUGUUUGUUGGAUAAUAAAACUUUUGAAACAAUGCCUUAUUGUUUGACCAGGAUAAUGGACCAGUAUUUGAAAUACAGUCAACAACAACCCGUUUGAAUGUUGUUUUUAAGUCAAGACGUUACCA